AUGCCCGCCAACUCUGACGAGAUAGUUUUCCUGUCUGCCGAGGCCACUGCGGCAGGUAUCCGCGCCGGUGAGUUUACGGCUACCGACGCGGUGAACGCAUACCUGCGCCGGAUCGACGCGAUCGACGCAGAUAUCAAGUCCUACAUCACCGUGUGCCGGGAAGAGGCGUUGGGGGCGGCAUCGGAUGCGGACGACGCGCUGCGCCGUGGCGACGACAGGGUCGCCGGGGCAUUGUUCGGAGUGCCGGUGGCCGUCAAAGACCAGUUCAAUACGGCUGGCAUACUGACGAGCAAUGGCUCCAGGGCCUACGCCGACAACAUCCCGGAAACGGAUGCUACCGUGGUGGCCCGGCUGAAGGAAGCCGGGGCAAUUCUGAUGGGCAAGCUGAACCUGAGCGAGCUGGCGAUGGGAGGCACGGCUGAUCCUCCUUACGGGACGCCGCAGAAUCCGUGGCGGGCUGGACAUACGCCCGGCGAAUCGAGCAGUGGGUCCGGGGCGGCGCUGGCGGCGCAUCUAUGCGCGGCAUCGGUGGGUGAGGACACGGGGGGCAGCGGUCGGGGGCCGGCAUCCUAUUGCAAUGGUGUUGGGCUGCGUCCGACUUUCACCCGCAUCAGCCGGUACGGGGUUACACCCAUGUGCUGGUUCAUGGACGCCGCCGCCCCGAUGACCAAGACGGUUGAGGAUUGUGCACUGGUGCUGGGAGCGGUGGCCGGUUACGACCCGCUGGAUCCGACCACCAGCCGCCGGCCAGUGCCCGAUUACUACGGGAUGCUGGAUGGCGUUAUCACGGGGAUGCGCGUUGGCCGGCUGACCGAGCUGUGCGACUCGCCGGACAUGCACGCCGACGUGCGGGCGGCGAUUGACCAGGCGUUGGAAACGUUGGCCGGGUUGGGGGCGGAGGUGGUCGAUGUGUCGGUGCCGCUGACCGAGAUGGCCGGAGCGAUUUUUGUGGGCAUUGCCGAUACUGAGGGCGCCGGCGCCCGGGAUGGAUUGAUGCUUCGCGCACCGGAACAACUGGACCGGGCCUCACGCACCCGAUUGCAGAGCGCUUCGCUGGUUCCGGCGAAAGUGCAGAACCGGGCGAUGAAAGCAAGGGUUCUGCUGAGGCGGCAAUUUGAGGAUGCGUUCCGGCGGGUUGACGUGUUGGUGUCGCCAACGGCUCCGUAUCCGGCGCCGCGGCACGACGCGCUGACGGCCAGAUUCGAAAGCGCCGAAGAUGUGCGACAGCGUUUCUUUUUCCGUCGGUCGUACACGGGUUGUUACCCACUUGCAGCGAUGCCGGCGAUUUCCAUACCGGGCGGAUUCACCGCAGACGGGUUGCCGAUCGGCCUGCAGAUUGGCGCGGCGCCGUUCGCGGAAGGAACCAUCCUGCGCGCAUCGUACGCUUAUCAGCAGGCAACUGACUGGCACACGCGCCGAGCGCCCGUGUAG